AUGGCUAUGACAGGACUGUAUAAAAUAGGUGACGGAAGCAACUACGCAACUAACUGCUUCCCUGCCAGGAACAUUUUGCACACAAGUAAAGAAGGUGACAAUUCUUUGAGGUCCGGGCGCUGGGUGCUGGCACGCAGAGCUACCCCGAGGGCUUGGACUGAGAAGGGGACCACUGAGGAGACACCACAGCAGAGGAGAAAGCCCCCAGAUUCUGCCUCUGUGGAAGAAAGCAUUGAAGACAAUGUCCUAGAUGAGCCAUUUCUGAUGAAGCACCACUGUUUGAAGAACCCCUCUGACCUGUGCUCUGUGAACAUUAGCAGCCAAAAUCUGGUCUCUGCUAAAGAAGAUGAUUUUGAGAAAUUUGAUUGCGUUGCUUUUAUAAAUGCUUCUGAGAACCUGCUGACACUAGAGCCGUUUCGGAAGUUUCCAGGACUGCGGGAACUGGAACUUUCCUUGAAUGGACUAAGAAAUCUGAAAAUCACCGCUGGAGACUUCCUGCAUUUGGAAGAUCUGGAUCUCUCCUACAAUAACUUGUCUCCCCAGGACAUUUGGACAUUGGGAGAUUUGUCCCAGCUCAAAGUCCUUCGCUUGACAGCCAACGGGCUUCGGUCCCUGCCUGCGGACCUGGCAGGCUCGUGGGACUCUGCUCAUUUAAGGUUUCCAUCUCUGGAGGUCUUGUCGCUGGAUGACAAUCGUCUGUCAGACCCGAGCAUCUUUGUGAGCCUGUCUCAUCUCUGCAGCCUGAGGGAGCUGAAUCUGGACAGGAACGGGAUUUCGGCUGUCCCCUACCUGCACCAAGCAGAGAGCAGGCAGUUCUUCCUCCACCCUGCGCUGGACGGUGACAGCUUCAGGGCAGAUUGGUACCAGUCCCUGAGCAGCCUCUGGCAGCAGCCCCGGCCGCUGCAGCAGGAGAACACGGAGGUGCCAGCAGAGCUGGAAGCGAAGAAAGGACAGCUUGAAUAUGUCGUGUUACAGAGCGACAGGGAUCCAGACAGGACGGAACUCCUCUGGAGCAGUCCCUCUGCUCACCCUCUUCCUCCUCUCUUUAAGGUUGUCCCCAGGGAGGGAGAAUCAUCUGCCUCUAAGACUCUGCCCGCUCCCUCCAUGCACAGAAACGUUCGUGCUCCCUUUCCUGAACUGAAGCUUCUCAGCCUGGCCUUCAACAAGAUUGCGGAUGAGACAGCUCUCUUACCUGUGGCUUUCUUCCCGUGCCUGAAGGAGCUGAUGUUUCACAACAACCCUCUUACCACCACCCGAAGCGGGCAGCCGCCUCUUCUGACCCGGCUCCUCCAGCACAACCUGGGGAUUAAACUUGUCCGACAGAAGAGCCUAGCCAAGGAGAGGUGGCACUUCUUCAUCCCUCUCAAAGCCAGCCGCAAGGUUGCGUCGCAUCUCCCCAAAGUCACUAAGCGGCCGCUGAUGCUGGAGGCUCCUGUCAAGACUUUUCCGUGGAAACAGCUCCCAGCUGCGGUGGAGGCUGCGAAAGAUGCUGCACCUCCAAGUCCGGCCCAGUCACUGCCCUCCAUCAGCUCCACAACCCCGGCCGGCAGCCGGUGGACGGCGCUGGGGGAAGGGGAGGGUGACUCCAGGCCUCCCCCUGGCCCAGCCGAGGAGGACGUUGCAUCCUUCUUCAUGACGCAGGUGGAGGAUGUGUCCAGACCCCUCCUGAGACCUGUGGCAGAGGGCAGGCUGGAGAAGAGGAGUGAGCAGAGGGAGGAAGGAGACUCCCAGGUGGUUCCAGAGCGAUACAAAGACUACGAGGAGCUGCUCGGUGGAGACACAGACCCAGAUUUUAUUGAGCCCGUCGGGAUACAGAAGGAUGUGCAAGCGCUGUACUACAUCCUGAAACACCCCCUGGUUUACCGGGACACCAAGCCACGACUGGACAGCAUACAGAAGCCCUACGUGCCUCGGAAAAAGCGUGGCAGGAUGCCUGGCCCUCCUGCCCGAAAGACAAGAGCAGAGGUCCUGGAAGGAAUCCUGAUGGCCAUGAGAAACACCUCGACCAUCACUGAAGUCCCCUUGGUGUCUGUUCUGCAAAAGAAGAAAUCCAGCCCCAGGGCGUACCGGGAGGCACGGAUGCUGAUGGAGGAAUUUCAGGAGGUGUUCGAGAUCCUCCCCGCAACCUUUGGUGAGGACAUGGCCAAGCUGUCGGGUGAGGCACAGGUCAUAAAAGCCCUUCUCACAGAGGCGACGUCCAAGCAGGGGAGCCCCAAACAGCUACAGCUGCCAGGCAAGAGAGUGGCCAAGAAGGUACCCAAAGUUUAGCCCACAGUAUAGCCAGGGGUUGA